AACUAGCACAAACUUUUGUGCUGGGCUCAAACAAACAAACAAAAAAACUCACACAUCAAAACCAACCCAUUUCCCCUUCCCCGCGCCUCUCUCCUUCCUCUCUCGCCGGCGAUUUUUGCGGCAGCGAACACACUAAAACACCGUCGCCGCAACUUCACCAUGCAAACAGAAAUGGCGUCGUCAAAUCCUUCCGAAAACUUAUCAGCUGAUAUGGAAAUUGACGCUUUUAGGCGCUUAUUUCCUGUUCAAUUCUAUGAACGCCAUUUUGUCAAGUCUUUACGACCUGAUGCAAGGUCACUUAGUUCUGCCCGAGAUACAACUGUAGCACUUGGGGCUGUUUCGUCUGCUAAUGGUUCUUCACUUGUGAAAUUUGGGUGUACUACUAUGCUAGCUGCGAUCAAGUUGGAAAUCAUGACUCCUUCGACGGAGUCACCAGAUGAGGGUAACCUAGCUAUUGAGUUUCACAUGCCUCCUAUUUGUUCCCCCCUUGUUAGGCCCGGAAGGCCAGCGGAUGCAGCGCCAGUUAUAUCAAAGCAAUUAGCAGACACCAUAAUAAGCGCUGGGAUGAUAAAUUUGAAGGAGUUAUGCUUGGUCAGUGGAAAAGCGGCUUGGAUGGCCUAUCUGGAUAUUUGCUGUUUGGAUGCAGAUGGUGCUCUUUUUGAUGCUGCUUUGCUGUCAGCAGUUGCUGCUUUUUCUAAUUUGCGUAUCCCAGUUGUGUCCUUGAAUGAUGAAGGAAGAGUGUUUAUUGUAUCAGAGGAGGAGGAAGAAGGGAAGUCAAGGAAAGAACCUGUCAAUAAAGAGAGAAGAAAACUUACUUUGAGCAACAUUCCAUUCUCGCUUACCUGCGUUCUUCACAAGAAAUAUAUAGUAGCUGACCCCACUGCAGAAGAAGAGUCCAUCAUAGAAACUUCAGUGACUGUGGUUUUGAAUUCAUCUGGUCAACUUGUCUCAUUAUACAAGCCUGGUGGACCUGUUAUGGCCUACACUUCUGUGAUCCAGGAUUGUGUUGCAUUAACAAGGCAGAGAGUACAGGAACUCCAGCUAAUCCUAAAAGAAGCCAUCGCUGACAUGGAGGUAGAUUAGAUAUCGGUUGACGGUUGUUAGUAGGUAGCGUAGCUAAAAUUGUACAUUUUACUCCAUAUUGUUUUGGGGUGCUUUUUGGAAGAGAAAAACACUUGGCUUUCUAGGAAUUUUUCAAGGUUGUCCACAGGGUAUUUAACACGAGUAAGGUGAUCACAUUUUGCUUGUUCAUAGUCUACGAGGUUAAUUAAUGCCAGUUUUGCUUUAGCAUAUCACAUUAUCUAGGGUUUGUUCCAUGGCAUUCAUUGUUCAAGUGAUAUUCAAGCUCUUUCCUCUUAUACUUGCUGCAUUCGUUGCGAAUUUGGACUUGCAGAGUUAAAGCAACAGAUUAUCUGUUUCUUU